CUUUUCUUCUCAUCCUAAAACUCAACACCAAAACACAAAAAAACAUUAUUGUUUAUUUCUUAACAAUGGCUUCCAACAAGCUUAGUGCACUCAUUAUAUUGCUUUCUCUUCUCUGCUAUUCAACAUUUUCACAUGCUUGUGGUUCAUGCAAUCCAAAACCUAAGCCUAGUCCUCCACCAAAACCUAAACCUUGUCCUCCACCUAAGGCUAAUCCUCCACCUAAGGUUAGUCCUCCUACCCCUUCAACACCACCUACGGUUAGUCCUCCUACACCUUCAACACCACCUAAGGCUAGUCCUCCUACUCCUUCAACAUCACAAAAAUGUCCAAAGGACACAUUAAAGCUAGGUGUUUGUGCUAAUCUUCUUGGACUUGUUAAUGUUGUGGUUGGAAGUCCUGCUUCAAGCAAGUGUUGUGCAUUGAUUCAAGGUUUGGCUGAUUUGGAUGCAGCAAUUUGUCUUUGUACUGCUAUUAAGGCUAAUGUUCUUGGUAUCAACUUGAAUGUUCCUAUCACACUCAGUCUUCUCCUUAGUGCUUGUGAAAAAUCUCUUCCUUCUGGUUUCAAGUGCUCAUAGAUUUUCUUGUUAUAGGUUCAAUCCAUACAAGUACUUAUGUUACUACUACGUUGUUUAUGUUUUAGUUAUUUGUUUACGUUUCUAAUAGGAGUCACUGUGACUUUAACAAAAUUAAAGUGACAUCGUGAUCAUGCUAAAUUUUCAUUAAUCCAAAUAUGGAUUAUAUGAUAUGUAUAUCCUUUCAAUAAUGGGGUAAGCUUGUUUGCCUUA